CCAGUUGGUAUAAGUUGAAGAGAUAAGGGAUUAUAAUUUUAAAAUGGAAGAUCAUUUGAAAAGUCCCUCCCAUCAUCUCUCAGGUGCUCAUGAUGGGCAGCAUUUUAACAGUUAUGAUCAAGUGAGGGAGACCCACUUACAUUUCUCAACAAAGAUAAAGAAAGUUCUAAAGCAAAAUAAAAGAAAAGAUUCGGCAAUGGUUAGCAACUUGAAAAGAAUGAAAAUUUUUAGUCCGAAGCAUUAUUCAACUAAAUGAGCAAGGAAGAUGUCAGUCAAGCCAAAGUGUGCUCAAAACAAAAGUGCUUCUAUUAAAUUUUCCCCAGUGUUUCUUGGGUUUGAGACCAGUAAAACAUCGAAGCAAUUAGGAAAUCAUGAGAAAGAGACCACUUCUUUAUCUCCAAAGAUUUGUGAUUUGUCUCCUGCCAUGCGUGUCUCUGAUAUGAUCAAAACGAAUUGUAAUAAACCCCAAAGGAGGAAGAUUUCAAAAAGAAAAAAUACAAUAUUUUCGCCCCACUCAAGAUCCAUCGGAAAAUCAACCAAAUCAAGUACUUUAUAUGAACAAAACAUCUCUAUCUUCAAAAACGAAUCCAAGGUAAACGAAAUCCAAAAACUCAAAGAAGAAAACCUUGAUCUUAGGCAACAAAUCAAAACGAUGAAGGACAGAAUUUUCACUAAGGAACAAGAAUGGAAGAGGCAAGAAGAAUUGCUAACGAAUGACAAGUCUAAUUACCACAAAGGAGUCAAGCAUCAGAUCUCUCUGAAAUUUAAGGCCCAGAUCAAUGACCUUAGACGGAAGAACAGAGAUGACUUAGAGACCUUUACAAGCCAGCUCAGGCAGGCAGAGAAAGAGUUCAAGGAAAAGUACGAACGCAUGGAAACACACUACAUCAUGAAAAUAAACAGUCUUUAUAGCAUGGUUGAAGAGAAAAAUGAUACUAUAGCUGAUCUUGAGAGUAAAAUCGAAGAUCUUGAGGCUAGCAUGAAUGACCUUAAGGAAAAUAAGGGGGAUAAUUAUACUCUUGUAACUAUUAACAAUGCAUUGAGGAUCAACCUCAAGAAUUCUAAGAAAGAAAUUGAGGGGUAUAAACAGAGAAUAAAGGAACUGACGAAGUCUCUUCAAUAUUCUGAAAGUUAGGAUGAGU